CGCACUCGGCCCCGGACGCGGGUACACUCUCAGGACUGCGGGGACCUAGGACUGGCCACGCCCGUUUCACCCCCAGAUCCUCCAAGCGGCGGCUGCGGCGGCGGCGGCUGUUGCCAAGGGAGGGGACGCGCGGGGAAGCGCGACCCAAGCGGUGGACAGCACCGAGCGCGACCGGCCGAGGGGCGCCCCCUCCCCGAGAUCCUCCCCCGCACCGCGUCUCGGUCGUGCCCGUCGCCCUUUAAAGGAGCCGCGAGUGCCGUCCCCACCCCCGGAAGGUGCCCGGAGGAGCCGACGCGAACCGGAGCGCCGCUCGGAUUUGGAUUCCGGAUUCGCCCCCCACCGCCGGGACGGUCUCGAAGCGGACGCGCGCUGCCCACUGCCCCCCAGCGCGCCGCGGACCCGGGCUCUGGGCAGCCCCCGCCCCUGCCCCGGGGCUCGGCGAGGAUUGGCGGCGCCCCGCGGACCCCAAGCCCCAGCGCGCGCGGGGGAUGGAGCCGCAGCCCGGCGGCGCCCGGAGCUGCCGGCGCGGGGCCCCCGGCGGCGCCUGCGAUCUGGGCCCGGCGGCCGAGGCGGCGCCCCUGAGCCUGGCCAUCCACAGCACGACCGGCACCCGCUAUGAUCUGUCGGUGCCGCCCGACGAGACGGUGGAAGGACUGCGUAGGCGGCUGUCCCAACGCCUCAAAGUGCCGAAGGAACGCUUGGCGCUGCUCCACAAAGACACCCGGCUCAGUUCGGGGAAGCUGCAGGAGCUCGGCGUGGGUGAUGGCAGCAAGCUGACCUUGGUCCCCACUGUGGAAGCCGGCCUGAUGUCUCAGGCCUCACGGCCGGAGCAGUCUGUGAUGCAAGCCCUAGAGAGUUUGACCGAGACUCAGCCCCCAGCGGCGCCCGGGCCGGGCCGGGCUGGCGGAGGAGGCUUCCGGAAAUACAGAUUCAUUUUAUUUAAGCGUCCGUGGCACCGACAGGGACCCCAGAGCCCAGAGAGGGGCGGCGAGAGGCCCCAGGUCAGUGACUUCCUGUCAGGCCGCUCACCAUUGACACUGGCACUUCGAGUGGGUGACCACAUGAUGUUCGUCCAGCUGCAGCUAGCUGCCCAGCACGCCCCGCUGCAACACCGCCACGUGCUGGCCGCUGCAGCCGCUGCGGCUGCUGCUGCCCGAGGGGACCCCAGCAUCACCACCCCCGUGGCCUCUCCAUGCCGGCCAGUAUCCAGUGCUGCCCGCGUCCCUCCAGUGCCCAGCAGCCCAUCCCCCUCGUCCCCCUCCCCUGUCACAGCCGGCUCCUUCCGAUCCCACACAGCCUCCCCCACCUGCCCCGAGCAGAUGGACUGUUCCCCACCUGCCAGCAGCAGUGUCAGCCCUGGUGCCAACGCCACGUCCACCCCGGGGGGCAGCCCAACCCCCCGCUCCCGAAAACCCGGUGCCGUCAUCGAGAGCUUUGUGAACCACGCCCCAGGGGUCUUCUCAGGGACCUUCUCUGGCACGCUGCACCCCAACUGCCAGGACAGCAGCGGGCGGCCGCGGCGGGACAUCGGCACAAUCCUGCAGAUCCUCAAUGACCUCCUGAGCGCCACGAGGCACUACCAGGGCAUGCCCCCCUCGCUGACCCAACUCCGCUGCCACGCCCAGUGCGCAGCGGCCCCUGACCUCGCCCCCAAAACUACCUCCUGUGAGAAGCUGGCGGCGCCCCCAGCCUCCCUGCUCCAGGGCCAGAGCCAGAUCCGCAUGUGCAAGCCCCCGGGGGACCGGCUCCGGCAGACGGAAAACCGCGCCACGCGCUGCAAGGUGGAACGUCUGCAGCUGCUGCUGCAGCAGAAAAGGCUCCGCAGAAAGGCCCGGCGAGACGCCCGGGGCCCGUACCACUGGCCACCCAGCCGCAAGGCCGGCCGCAGCGACAGCAGCAGCAGCGGGGGCGGCAGCAGCUCCACCGAGGCUGCCGGCCUGGGCCUGGACUUCGAGGACUCCGUUUGGAAGCCAGAAGUCAACCCCGACAUCAAGUCUGAGUUCGUGGUGGCCUAGGAUCGGUUACCCUCGCCCCUCAAACCCCCCAGCCCAGGGCGGUGGGGAUGCCAAGAGCCCCAAGCCCUGCCAAGAACACGGCCCAGCUCUGGAGGGCAGGUGGCCACUCCCCCCACCAGCCAGAAGCCUUUCUUUGUUUUCUUUUUAAAUUCUUAACCAUGGUUUUCCGAACUCCCCAUGGACUUGGCUUCCUACCUCCUUGUCCCACCCCCGACGCCCCUCCUCCCCUCGCGUCACCCCAGCUCCUGGGCGCCUCCUCAGCUCCCCCUGGCCUGCGUGCCGGGUCCUCCCGCCCACCUUCUCCAGCUCCAAAUAUGUAGCAGUCUCUCCAGAUGGCUGAGAGCAGGAGACUGAGGAGACCGCCCCCACCCCUUUCCGCUCUGCUCCCCCCACACCCGAUUCAGGUUUUAAGUCAAAAAUGUAGAUGCCUCAUGAAGCACUUUACAGACAGGGGAGGGGGCCCGGGAGAGGAGGACCCAUCCCACCCCCCACUGCAGACUUCUGGCCUCCACCCCAGGCCAGCAGGACCCCCUGGGCUGCAACAGCAGACUUGCCCUGCGGCCCUACUGGGUCCCCGAAGCCAAGUAGGGGACUGUUUUCUCUUCCACUUCUAGUCUGUUUUUUCUUCUGGGCCUCUUUGUCCAUUUUC